UUGUUCCGUAGAAGAGCACUCCUCCUUGGCUCAUCCCUUUCGGCCGUCAGCGAAGGAAAGCGUUGGGUCGAGGAUGAGAUCAGGAGAUAGGAGCAAGGCGAUACGGCCGAUGGCGCCGGCGAUGGGCGAGAGGGACGUUCUGGAAGACUCUAGACUGGUGAAGCAGGUGAGGGAGCUGCGGAGGCUGGUGCCGGCUUGCCGCGAGCCGUGCGGGCUCGGCGAGCUGUUCAGGGAGGCGGCGAGCUACAUCGAGGACUUGCAGGUACAGGUCAAGGUGAUGCAGAUGCUGCUCGACAAGCUCUCCGACGAGUGAUGAAUUCUUGUGC